AUGGCGUCUGAUCUGUUUACCAAAUUUGGAAGUGGCAACAGAGCGCUAUUUAUCACUGGUAGCUAUAGUAACCGCUUUAGGAACAGUCCUCAGAGGAAAGAAGUCAAAAUGGCUGCGAGUAAAACAGCUUCGAGUUUCCACAGUAUGCCGCAUAGAAACGGCACUUAUGUGGCCAGCCAUGGAGGUAAUUCUCCUGCAGAUGUUACCCCAGACCUACAUCUUAAGAUGUCGAAGAAGAUCGCUCAACUUACUAAAGUUAUUUACGCGCUCAACACCAAAAAUGACGAACACGAAAAUGUUUUGGAAAACAUGAAAACGGCCCAUGAAGAAGAGAUGCAGAAGCUUAUGGCGGAAACGAAAGAAAGGGUUAACUAUUUUAAAACCAGGUUAAAUGCUGUUUCUGAACAAAGACAGAAGAUCGACAUGUUAGAGUCGCAUUUGUCGAAGGAACGGCUCCAGCGAGAAGAGGCGAUGUCGGAAUUUGAGAGUUUCAAGCGCCGAACAAAUGAUGAAGAAGCUCGUUUGAAAUCAGAGUUUUCUGAUAGGAUUUUGACCAUGUCCAAGGAAUUAUUAACUUCUAAAAAGGAGUUCGAAGAACGCCUGAAGGAUUUUCAGGCUACUAGGAAACUGUUAGAGGAAAAUAGAGACAAAGCUGUGGAGGAGUUGACAAGCAAACAUCACGACGAGAUCGACCAGCUCAUGAAAGCUCAUCGUGUGCGCUACGAUGAAGUUGUGAAGGAAAAACAGAAACUUGAAAAAGAAUUUCAGGAAAAGCUUUCUCGGGUAGAAACUUCUAGCGAUGCUGUGGCGGAGGAAAGACAUAGAAUUGAAUCUGAGUAUCAAGAAAAAUUGGACAAACUGAAAGCAUUUUACGAAAAAGAAUUGGCUGCUUCGCGAACUUUGCAAGAAAAUUCCAAAGAAUUGCAAUUGAAAGAGUGGGAAAAAAGAGAGAAGGCUCUUAAAACCGAAUGGAAUAGACAAGAACGAAUCUUUAAGGACAGGAUUUCAGAGUUACUAAAUCAAUUAAGUGACGGAGAGCAACAUAUGUCCAUUUUGAAAACGCAACUAAACGAACUGGAAUCCAAACUCGAAGGUAAAGAAGGAGAUUCAACAAACUUAGCGAAACAACUCGAGGAAGCGAGGCAAGAGGGAUCCAAAGCCCUGAAGAGUUUAAGGGAGACGGAAAGUGACUUAACUGUGUCGAAAAAACGGUGUGAGGAGCAAGAGGCCGAGAUCGCUCGUCAAUCGAGUAAGUACCGUAGUUCACAUAUAACAUUCAUUACUUCAAGGGUUUCUUACGAACCAACAUUAUGACCAGCUCCCAGUUUGGCUCUUUAGCUCAGUUUGUAGAGCACUCCACCGGUAUCGCAGAGGUCAUAGACUCAAAUACCGUACAAGCCUGAAUUUUUUUUUAGACCUUAAUUUUACUACUGCUUAAGUUGUGUUCGUUACUGCGAAGAUCGCUAUCAUAUCCAUUUCUUAAACCGCAAUUCACAAGUAUGAUUUUCAUAUGAUUUCACAGUAAAGUAAAGUGAUUUUGUAUGUUUAUAAUACAAACAAAAUUUCGUUUUAUGUGAUUAUAGAAUUAUUUAAUGUUCUUUGUUGAAAUUAAUCGGUUUUACAGCGUUCCUUCUGUAAUUUUUAUUCUUUUGAUAUUAUUUUCAGGUAAUAUUAUUCCCUAUUGAUUAUUUUUCGGAAAUCAAGUUUGAUCAUUGAUCGAAUAUUUAGUUUUCCUGUGAAGAAUUAAUUUAUUUGUUUUGUUAACAAGUGAUUCAUUAUGGAAAGUGUGUAUAAUGUUAUUCAAUACAAUACUAGGACAGGUGGACAUAUUCAAACUCAAAAAGCUACACAAUGGGGUACUUUUGUGACAUUUAUUUUUAUUCAUGUACUUAUUAUCUUGUGGGAAAAACUUUUUAGCAGCCACACGUUAGGUUUUUCCAUGAAACAUUUAAUAUCUAUUGGGGAGUUUUGAUCUUUGUCUGGCUCUCCUGUUGAAAACUUUUUAUUAAAUCUCUAAGUUAGUGUGUUCACUAUGAUUGGUCAGUUCAUCAGGCUAUGUUUUACCGUAUGACCUGCUAGAUUCAAAAGUUUGUUUGAACUGAAAACUUCCUGAUCUCUUUGAAUCCAGAGAUAUCAAAUAAUUAAUUUACUAACCUUGUUUUCUAUGUCAAACCUUAAACUCAGUUAGUAUUAAAAGUACACUGUAUUUACAGGCUCUACAUUCAAUCCAUGAAUGGACUUUAAAAGUCUUUAGUGGAGGAUGCUUGAGAAAUAUUUCCUUGAGUUUCAUAAUUUUUCCAUGACACAAUGUUAGUGGUUAAACUAUUUUUUUUAUUUCUAUGAAACAGAUGGUUACAAAUCUGCAUCUAUAGAUAUUGCCAUUGCUGGUUUAAAAGUAGCAAACUGUGAGUUCAAUCAUCUGGCUGCAUUCCACUUGCAACUCACUCACUUAUCACCAAAAAACUUUUCAUCAUUUAUCACCAAAUUCCACUUGCAAGUCAAUCACUUGUCACUUAUUCAUGUUAUAUAUUAACCCCUUUGCACCCUUACAUCAAUAUGCAUAUUCUCCAUACUGUUCUCUAUACAUCUCUGAAGGUGCUGACAAUGGGAAUUUGUGUAAGAAUCAAGAGUUUUUUAUUUAGUGAUCAUUUUCUUUAUUCCUGUGAGCUUAAUGUGUGAUUCAGGGGUGAUAUUGUAAGGAGAAAUAGAUGUUAGUCACUCCUAAGGGUCAAAAGGUUAGAUGUUAAGGAAUUAUUCUAUGUUAACAUAUGAAAAUUGUUUGAAACAGUGCAAAUCAGCAAACUUGAUGCAACCAAGUUGUCUCAGGAAACGACGAUCAAGGAACUGAAAGCAAAUAUUACAAGCCUACAAAGUAAGCUGAAUAAGAUGGAGUCUGAACAUGAUGAUCUUGGAAAGAAGUUCAGUUCACACACAAUGCAAACUGACUCAAAGAUCAAGCAUCUUCAACAGGUUCGGUUACACUUUCCAUUCUUUCUGUAUUGUUUAUGGCCUUGCAUAGCUCCGAACAGAUUAAAAAGCUCUCACACUUCUAUUCACAGAGAAAAGUGAAAUAAAAAUUAAAAAAUUAAGUAAUCCACAGCUAAUGCUUGGUCAUUCUUGAACAUGCUGUGUUUGUCAUAAAACUAUCAAGCUGUCAUAACAAAGACAUAGUUAAAACGAAGUUAAGUUGACCAUGUAUGCCGUUAGAUAAUUAUAAGUAUCAGCUUGAUGAUCCCAAUUUUUAAAAAAAUUGGUUACAAGUAAUUUGUUAUUUAUAAAGAGUUUAAAAACAAUCACUGUAGGGGGUUUGCAGCCACUUUCUGUUUUGCAAUACUUACAGAAAAUCAAUGAAUUAACAUUUUUAAGCCAUACAGCUUGACAUAAUUACCACAAGUUGUUUGACUCAAGAUGUUGUAACUAUUAAGGUACUGUUAUGGUAGAGUUGCAUUAUUUUGUAAAUUGAUUCUAAAUGGCACUUCCUGUAUUUUCAAAUGACAACAAUCAUGCAUAGACCUAUUUCUUGCCCUCAACCAUAGCUUAAGACUACUACACUCGCAGCUAUCAGAAGAAAUCCCUUACUUUGAUAACUUUGAAUGAAAUCAAGAUUUUAAGAACAAUUGCAAAAGCUGACAAAGUUGCCAGAUGCGUGGAAAGUAUUGCAAGACCAGUGAUUCAAUUAUCCUAUUUACCUGUGUAUAGCACACACUUUUUCAUAAAAAUAAACAUAAUUGCUACCCCUAUCUUUAUUCACAUAUUCUUGAAUUCAGAUAUUUAAGAAAAUGAACGACAUGUUUUCAGAAUUCAAUUACUUUUUAAUGCCUUUAAGUUUGUAAUUUAUCAUUUGGUUGAAUUUGUUUUGUACAGGAAAUUGAGAAACUUUUAAGGGAGAAGGAAGACUUGGAAUCAAAAUACAAUGCUGAAUUAAAAAGAGCCGGUGAACAAUCUACUAACAAGGAGUUGUCACUGAGAAAAGAACUUGAAGAUGUCACAGCAAAGUUAAAGAGAGAUCAUAGCAAAGAACUUGAGGAUAUGAAGACAAAACUUGGUAUCGAUCAUAAUAACCACGUAAUGAAUUUACAGCAAGAAUUUCAAGAUAACUUGUCUCAGAAGGAGAGAAAACUUUUGGAGAAUUCGGAGCAAGAACUUGAGAGGUUACGGAUAGAGAAAAAUGAGGUUAUUGCUGAGUUUGAGAAUCACUGCAGUGACUUGAAAAAUAAGUUGAGGUCGUCUGAAGAUGAAGUUGAGAGAUUGGAGAAGCUGGUUCAUGAUAGUGAAAAAGGACUGGGAUCUGCAUCAUCGCAUAUUGACAGCUUGAAAACAGCCCUUAGUCAGACUAAGGAGGAAUUACAAAAGACAAAGACUGACUUGCAAGAGGCUGAAAACAAGUAUGCAAAGUCAAUGGUAAGAUCUCUCUUGCUUGUGAAAAGUAAAACACCCAUAAAAAUCAUGUUGACUCAUCAGUAUUGUCAGUUGCUGUCAUUGAUGAUUCAUUAAUAAAAGUCUUACUGGCCUUCUGUCAUAAUUAUAGCUUGUAUUAGGUCUCUUUGAAGGAAUUUUGCACCAUAGAAUUAUUGCAUGGCAAUCAAUGUCCAAUAACACUAAAUAAAAUACAUGAACACUUCUCUGAAAAAAGCCAGGUCCACACAGCUGUUAGGGCCAACAUGAGGAACUUAUACAUAUGUCUUUUUUUUAAUGUUUUGUCUAAACAAAGCAAUAACAGGUUAGGAAGAUACCUCCUUUAAGAGACUUUGAAGGAACCCUUGUAUUUGCUAGUGGAUGUGUUGUACACUGUUGUUAGUGGACAUAAAUCUUAAUAAUUUUAAGCUAGUUUAAUCUGCAUUUUUUGUAGUUCCAUGUAAAUUGCCAAAGCUCAAAAAUAGAGAAAACAACAAAUUAAUCAAGAUUAAUAUUGUUUUACCUGUAAUUCCAUCUUAACUUACAACAGAUAUCUUGAGAAUAUCAUUGAUUGUACUUCUUGGUAGAUAUUCUUGUCUUGAAAAUGUCUCAUGAUAAUUAAAAAUAAAAACUCUAAUUUUAAUCAGGAUGAGAUGUACAAGCUAGAAAUGCUCCAUGACAAGGCUCUAAAGGAUGCAAAAUUAGACUCAGACGCCCGACUAGCGUCACUUACCAAUGAGUUGGACACUAAAUGGAGUGAAAAAUUAAGGUAAGUAUUUUGGGUUGACUCAGAGAGAGUAGUUGAUGCACUAAAUAUCACUGUCAUAUCAAACAUGCUUUGAAAGCACUUGUGAAUCAGUAAAUGACACAAGUAAAAUUCCAAUUGUGUAUUAACCUUGUGGGAAUGUUGUUGAGUGAGUAAUUUUUUUUUUCCAAAGAACAGAAUACAGGUACAGUACAACUCAGAAAUAAGCAGCCACAAAAAUGAGCAGUAAAUUUUCAGCAUAUAAUUUAUUUCCUGGUAACUUUCAGGGAUGAAUGCAGUAAACUGCGCUCACAGCUGAAUGAACAGCACAGAGAGGAAAAUCGUGUGUCACUGGAGCAACUAACAAAGAUAAAAGAUUUGCAGAGAGAAGAACUGAAAGGAGAGCUGCAAAGUAAAAUUGAUGCUUUAAAAAAGACUGUAAGUACACAGACAGUAUCAUCAAAUGAAUGUAUUUAUGCUUUAAGGCAACCUUUCUGUAGAUUAAGUCAUGAACUCCUUCACCCUUUAGAGUGACUAAAUUCUUAUUUCUCCUUACAAUAUCUUGUCUGAAUCACACAUAAAGGACACAAGAAUAAAGGAAAUGAAGACCAACUAAAGAAGCUCUCGAUUGUUAAACAAAUUCUCCUUGUCAGCAUCUUUAGAAAUGUAUAAUGAACAGUACUGAGAAUAUACAUACUGAUAUUAGUUUCAAAUGCCUUAGAAUGAGCAUAUUUCAGACAAUUUCUAUACUGAGUUUAGAGAACACAUUUGAAUAUUCAAUAGAUUUUGAUCUCAACUUUUUAAUCAAAACUGGAUGAAUUUUAAAACCAACUUGAUUUUGGUUCUUUGUAAACAGGUUGCGCAUCUUGCAAUUGCUAAGAAAUGCAUUCUUGAACACUCCAAGAAGUUUGUUAGUACCACUGUCUUGACAUAUUAGAAACUUGCACUGUGAUAUUUGAUAUGAUUAUGUAAUUUUCAAUAUAACACCUUUCUUACUGUUACAGUAAAGGGUUGUAUGAUUUGUCACAUAAUAAUGUUUAUCACAGACUAUAACUUGAUGUGAGGUGAUUGUAUAGUCUGAGCCAUUUUGUUUGCAAAAAUUGACUACUUACCUUUAAACACCUCAGUCUAUAUUUAAAUAAUUCCACUCGACACUUCGGGUUAAAAUUCCCCACCACAGUCCAUACCCCCCAGGGCGAAGAUGACAGUCCAGUGCCUGUGGAUUGCCUGAAGGAAUGUUGAAGCCUGGAAUUGAUUGAUGCUUAAUGGCUAUUGUUUUGACAACCUUAAUGGAAGUUGUGGUCAGUGUCUUACUUGGCUUUGAUGACAAUAUCCAUCGAGGUUGUCAAAGUGUCAGUCACUGCUAUCAUCAGUUCUUAACAGUCUCUUACCUGGACAGUCAACUGUUACCUCUGGAUUUUAACCAUCUACUGAAAUUUUUUUAAGUGUCAAUGAGUACAUUUUAUUUAACAAUUCUGACUGAGCUCACUGUGCCUAAACUUAAUAAGCUUUCUCCUCUUUUAGAUCGCUGAAACUCGAGGUGAUUUGGAAAAGGCAAACCGGAAUGCUAAGACAGCUGAGCUUGACCUUCGCAAAGAACUUGACUUACAGAGGAAACGCAUGGAGGAAGAAAUAUCUGCCUUGUCUCUACAACACAACAAAAGGCUGGAAGAGUUGAUAGAAAAACACAAGGAAGAGCUUAAGAAGCUGGAAGGUCUCAAAGAUGAAGAAAUAAAGGUAUAUGCUGGAUUAUUUCAGGCUUUUUAAUUAAUAGGUGAAUGUUCACACAGUGUUUGGUAUCAGGUUUGAAGUUUGCAGCAAUAUGUAUCAAUCUCUAAUUACCUAAGUAUAAGUUGAGUAACUUUUUUUCUGCAAGAAAACAUGACAAGUGGCUGAUUUGUCCUCUUUUUCAAGGUACUAAUUUCUAACAUGUGAAUGCUAGUCGUGAAUUUUUCUUUCACAUUUUCUCUCAGGAAUGUGAGAGUGCCCUACAGAAGAGUCACAGAGAUGAGAUCACAUCUCAACUGCAGGCAAAUAAACUCAUGAUAGAUGCCAUCAAAUCCCAAGCUGAGCAAGAACGUAUGAAAGACAUCGAAGAAAUAAAAAUCAAUCAUGAAAAUGAUCAAGGUUAGACUUUUAUGAAAGGUUUUCAUACAGCAUCAGUUGUUGCAAGCCAUAAAUAGUAUUGUGUUUUUUCCCUUUUUUUGUUAAUCCUUUAACUCCCAGAUCAAAUAUGUAAUUCUCCUUACUGUCAACCAUACAAUUGUUAUAAUGUUAGUUCAGAGAAUUUAGUAUUGGAUCAAAUAAUUAUUCCCUAAUUGAUAUUUUUCUUUAUACUCAUCACUUGUCUGCUUGAUAUUGUAUUGAUAUUGUAAGGAGAAAUUGUUUCUUGGUCACUCAUGGGAGUUAAAGGGUUAACUAAAGUUAAACAUGUUUUUAAAAAGUUUUUUAAAGUGCACAUACCACCAUUUCCACAGGACAAUUCCAUUUUGCUGUUUAUAGUGAUUGCAUUGAGACUAAAAGCAACUCCAGCUUUGUUGUCAAAAUUGUUUAUUUUUCACACCAGCUUUAAAUGGUCAGAUUAUUUCAUUGUUGUAAAGGGGAAAUGGAAAUUAUGCUUUUUAUUCAUGCCUUGCAUGACUUGCUUGAAAAACAUCUUUUUUUGCAGUAACUGCAUAUUUUUUCCUUGUGAUGUUUUUACUUUUUCUUUUUCAAUCUCUUUUUGUCCUUUGUAAUUAGCGUUUCUUAUUUCUUUUUAUAGAAAAUAUGAGAAGUGAGCUUUUGCGUGUCCAACAGGAGGAAAUGCAAAGAUUGCAUAGAGAAUUUGAGGUUCAAUUAGCAGCUGUGAAACUCCAACUUCAGCGUACCAAUGAGAUGCACUCCAAGGAUGUAAGUUACCAACUGUAAUUCAAAAUAUUUGAGUUUCAAAAACUCUGUUCUCAUCAACAAAUGGAUCCACAGGUAGGCAUUUACUGCCUUUUCACCACUACCUUGAAUGAGUAAAUCUCACUUAUUACUAUAUCAUUUACAACUGUUACUGUUAGUAAUACUCUGAGUGACUUUUGGCCUUGAGAGGAAAGUUAAUUCUCAAUGUCUGCUCCUAAUUUGCCACUCAGGAAACUGAACAUCAGAAUCAGAUAGAAGAGCUAAGACGAGAGAUUGAAGAGAGAGAGUGCCAUCUCAAAGAACUGGAUGAGGAAAUCGGUGAGGUGAAAAGCAAUGUGGAACAACUUCAACGUGAACUGCAAGCCAAAGGGCAGGAGAUACUCAGUGUCAGACGGGAGGCUAAUUCACAAAUGAGGUUUGAAUAGUAUUGCAUUGUAUAGCAUAAUAAUCCAUAUUUUUACAGUAUAUUGUAUCUGCCUUAAGUAUCAAUGUUAAGGUUUUGUUUGUACUUUUUUUAUGAACACCCAUCAGAUGAAAUCCUAGUAAAAUCACUGCCUUAUAGUUUGUAUUUCUUUCAUAAUCUGGUUGUCAGUCAGGCAUUUAGAUUGGAGACGGAACUUUCUGCCAACCUACAGUAUUCAUAAUUCUGGUACUGGAUUGUAGACUUAGUUGUUUUUAGUCAUACUAUUUUCUUUCUUGUACACUUCCAAUUGAAAAUUGUGUAUCAUUACUAAACAUUUUACCUCUUUUUUUCAGAAAACGAGAAGAAGACCUUGCUAGAUCACAUCAGAAAGAGGUGGACUCCAUAGCAGCAGAUCAUCUGCGUGAGACUCAGUCCUUGCUUUCAGAGUUUAAUAGAUCCAAGGAACUCCUUUGUGACAAGAUUUCUGCUUUACAAUUAAUGUGAGUCUAUAGAGCUCCAUGAAGGUGCUCUAUCUCGAAAUUUUAACAUUCAUGUAACCCACUUCAAGGAAAUAAUACAAGGUAGUUCAAAAUUAAAUGCAAUUUUUUGUUGUCAACAGGCUGGAGGAGGCUGAAGAAAAAUUCAGGAGCCGACAGUCACGACCAGAAGACUUGGAAGUUAUUGAACAGCUUAAGAGGGCCCUUGCUGAACGGGAGCUGGAUAUGAAGAGACUUGUGGUCAGUUUGAAUAUUUCAUUUAGUUUUCAGCAUUUCCUUUGAUUUUUCUUUAACCAUUAUUUUUAAUUAGAAGGUCCUUGCUCCCUGAAGAACUACUAUGAUCCCUUUCACUAAAUGUAACUGGACUUGUAUCAGUUCGGUCAUCUUUUGCUUCAUGUGAAUGUCCAUCAGAUAUUUAGUCCCAAAGGUUAAAUUUUGAUCACAACUACUUCUCAGUUUUUAGUCAAGCUCAAAUGUGGAGCUCCAUUUUGCAUGUCCACUUAACCAUGUGCAUUCCCUUGCAUUGUACAUGUGAACAAUAUAGGGCCUGUUACCCAUGUGAAAAUUGCAGAUUUGUACACAGGGGUUGGCAAUCAAGUUGUAUUAUUUUACAAUACUUUUGUAUUAAUGCUGUCUCCUUAUUUGGGUUCAUAGGAUGAGAAGAGAUAUUUCCAAUUGGAACUUCUCAACAGGGAAACAAACUUCAACAAAGUUUUCAAAGCAGCACCAAAUAUUGGCAUCAUCAACCCACUGCAGGCCAAAACAAAACCAGGGAAAGAAGGGGCACGGCAAAGCAGUUCUCUCGUCAUGAGCUCGUCACGGCUAGAUCCUAUCCCUAACAUGCCUGUUCAUGAGAAAAGAAUUAAUAACAGUCGGCCUCUGCCUCCAACUCCACCAAAAGAACCCCCACCUCAUAGAAAGACAACCGUUUACUAAUAAAUUAAAAUACUAGAUUGUGUUCUGACUAGUUGCAUACAUUGAACCAAUAUUGGUAUACCUUUACCUCUUUGUCAUGUCAUGGAUUUUCUAAGACAAAGUACUCACACUUUUUAUGUCUUAAGCUGUAAAAAUACAGUAAUGGAGUAAUUAUUAAACAGCUUCUAAUAGGAGUGAGAUGCUUGUAUAUCUCAAAGUUGUUGCCUUGUUCUUACUAGCAGCCAUCAUUAGAAAAAAUUUGAUGAAUAUGUUUUCAACCUUGAUCAUUCCACUUAUAUUAAGUAUAGUGUACAGCAGAAUGUAAAUAUUAGAACUGUA